AACCAACCCCAGCCUAAUUCCGUCCCCCGCUGCUCGAUCGCCCAUCACAACGCGUAGGAUCCAAGCGACCUUCCCCUCACCACGCCGAGCAUGCAGGACCCGGUCGCGUCAUGCUGACGACUCGCUCACGCGAGCCCCCCGGGCCCCGGUCGUUUCACACUCCGGUCAUGUGGGCGCGCGUCGCCGGCGACACCGGGCUUCUACGUUAGGCCCUAAAUGCGCGCAACAUACGCCCGUCAGGCCGUCACGCACUUAAACUCGGUGUGUGGACUUGUGCACCAACUAGACGGCCGGCCGCGGCUGGUGUGGACUGCGUGGAGUGUGGACGCCGGUGCUUUCAGCUCCGCUAGCUCCAAAAGUCCUGCGCGAUGGACCUACACUACACCUACUGCGGUACGGCACGAUGAUCAGAUGACAUGUAUCUGCAUCAUUGCAUGACAGCUCGUUAAUUUCUUCAGGUUAACCAGUAGCACCUGUUCUCUCUCCUUGACACGUUGCCACGUGUACAGUAGCAUCAGUUCAAUCCACCGUGGCUUACCUGCUCCGCUUUUCGGUGGCCGCCGGCCGGCCGCGGUCACGACCUCACGGGGAUCACGCCGCGGCCCACGCCGCCCGGCCCGGUCACUUCGAAACCCCAAUCAUCCGGGAGCCAUCGGAUGAUAUUUUCUUGCUAACUUCUACGGAGUAUACUCUUGUUAGAUGUACGUUGAGCUGAUUUUUUCCUCGACAGACACUUGUGAAUUAGCUCGGGUGUGCUUGUUGGCGGUGUGCUUUGGCGUACUCCACAUUGAUGCCCCCCAUUAAUCCGCUCACAUGUCCACACCUACCCGUCGCCGCACACCUGGCCAGCUGGGGGUCUCCAGCUUUGUUUCCCUUUCCCCGCCUCGCCUCACCGACGCCGCCACGUUGGCCAUGCCGCCGCCACGUCGGCACCCUCCCCCGUGACCUCCCCAGCCGCCGCGCCAACAGCGACGCCGCCUAUAUAUACCGGCCGGGACCGAGAAGGGGUCCCCGUCGAGCCAGCUGAGCCGAGACUAGCUCGACGGCGCCGAUCCAGGGUCACCGCGCGACGACGAUGCCGCUGCAGAACGGCGCGCGGGCCGCGGCGGAGGCGCAGUGGCAGCACGGGAAGCCGGCGGCGCCGCCGAGGCGGCGCGCCGGCGCGGCGGUGGCGCUGCUGCUGCUCCGCGUGGCGGCGCUGUGCACCUCCGCGGCCGCGGCAGCGCUCGCGGCCACCCACGGCGCCGCGCUCCGCCGCGCGCCGUUCCGGUUCCUGCUGGCGGCCGACGCCAUCGUGGCCGUCUACUCGGCGUUCGAGGCGGCCGCCGCGGCGUGGGAGGCGGCCACGGGCGCCACGCUGCUGCCGGAGGCCAUGCAGCUCUGGUUCGACUUCGGACACGACCAGGGCUUCGGGUACAUGGCGCUGGCGGCGGCGGCCGUCGCGGCGCGGGACGCGGCGUCGUGCGGCGGCGGCGGAGGAGGGCGGGAGUGGAGGAGCGCCGCCGGAGGCGCGGCGGCGUGCGCGCGGGCCGACGCCGCGGUGGCGCUCGGGUUCGCGGGGUUCGCGUUCCUGGCGCUGGCCGCGCUCGUCACCGGCUUCCGGGUCGCCCGCUUCCUCGCCACCGGCUCACGGUCCGCGCCGCCAUCGACCUCCGACUACUGAUCGGGCGUUCCGGUAGAGCUGAUCGGACGAGCCGCUGGUAGGUAGUAGUAUAGCGUGCUGUUGUGUGUGUGAACGGCGAGUGCUAGAGCAAAGUUGCUUUGGCAGCUGAAGAAAAUCAAAGCACAGUGUUGGUUGCCUAUAGUACUAGUUAGUUCUGUUUAGUUUUGUUUGGUUUUACGUGACUAAAGUUUACUCCUGUCACAUCCUAAAUAUUAAAUAUAAGUUAAUUACAAAA